GGCAGACGCGCUCUGGAGCAAAAAUAUUCAUCCACUUAACAUGUCAAUCAGGAUUAAUGCCCAUACAAACCUCCCAUUUACGUUCAUCCAGGGCUUUUUACUAGUGGAAGGCGGUGAUAUAUAAGGCAGGACAGGACAGGAACACAACAGUAAAAGCCCAGCGGGUUCAGUAGCGCGCGUCAAGGAGCGCCGCCUGGACUUCACUUCACGUCUCUGCGUCUCUACCAAAGGUUGACAGGCGUAAUGACUGAUCACUCACUCAUCUCCAGAGCGUGAUGCACGUCGACUGUCAUGUCCGAGCUCCUUGAAGUCACACACUUCUGCUCUUUUUAAAAUUCCUUUGCCAGUGGAUUACUCAUGCAACAGAUUCUGGGGCUGCAGAUGAGAUUGGUUGCAUGCGGAUAAACUUGCAGGAGCUCCCAAGUCGCUGCCCCUGCAUUGUUGGGAGGGGAUAUCAGCACGCGUGUGUGUUUGUGUCCGUGUGUUUGUGUGCGUGUGUGCACGUAAACUUGCAGUGAACAUUAUAGGCUAAAGCCUUCUAAUCGGCUGCCCGCGAGCACUUUUCGAGAUGGAUUUGAAAAGCGCGUGUCGCCUGUGUCUUUUCCCCGUUCAAAUGCUCUAUCACAUACUCAGAGCAAGUUUGUUUUCGCUGUUGCCGAGCAGAAGGAAGGACCUGACCAAGGAGGUGGUGUUGAUCACCGGUGGGGGACGAGGAAUCGGGCGCAACCUGGCCAAAGAGUUUGCCAAGCAGGGGGCCAGAAAGGUGAUCUUGUGGGGCAGAACAGAAAAGUGCCUCAAAGAAACAGCUGAAGAGAUCUCUCUCACAGGAACAGAGUGCCAUUACUUCCUGUGUGAUGUGGCCAAUCGGGAGGAAGUUUACAGGCAAGCCAAGGUGGUUAGAGAAAAGGUGGGAGAUGUUACAAUAUUAGUGAACAACGCAGCUGUAGUCCACGGCAAAAGUCUGAUGGACAGCGACGACGACGCCCUUCUGAAAUCCCAACACAUCAACACCAUGGGACAGUUCUGGACAACAAAAGCCUUCCUGCCUCGGAUGCUUGAGCUCCAGCACGGCCACGUAGUGUGCAUAAACUCCAUCUUGUCGCAGUCUCCCAUCCCUGGGGCCAUAGACUACUGCACAUCCAAGGCCUCAUCGCUGGCCUUCAUGGAGAGUCUGACGCUGGGCCUGCUGGACUGUCCCGGCGUUGGCUGCACCACUGUGCUUCCCUUCCACACCAAUACAGAGAUGUUCCAGGGCAUGAGAGUCAGGUUUCCGCAGCUCUUUCCACCUCUCUUACCUGAGGUAGUUGCCAAGAAGACAGUGGAUGCAGUCAGAGCUGACAAGGCCUACCUAUACCUGCCCUGGACUAUGCAUGCCCUUGUCUUUUUAAAAAGCUUCAUGCCACAAGUUUCACUUGAAGAAAUCUACAGGUUUUCCGGGACUUACACCUGCAUGAACACGUUCAAAGGGAGGACAUGAACCUGGAUCGCACACAAUGUGAGAGAGACCUCAACAGCUCUGGGGUGUACUGAAGGAAAAAUGGACCUUAAGACGUCUGGAAGGAGGAUAGAGGAGGCCCCAUGAUAGCGUGAAGACAAAUACUUAGGGGACAUGCAAGGCGGCUGCUUCUGCAGGUAGAAUUAAUUGAUAAACUGCAGGAUUCACCCGGGUCCCAUCUGUAUGUGUGUGCCUUUGUGUAUAUAGCAUGAAGGACUGAAUGCCAUUUUUCACUUUCAACAGAAGCCAUGCAUAGGUCUGAACCAGUAGUUAAUCUGGGAGUUUUUUUGUGACACUUGUUUUAGCCUGUUUUUACACUUCUUUUUUUAAUUCUUCUUCUUUGAAUCAAAACAAGAUAAUAAAAAAAUGAAGUUUUAGAGAUGGAACGUGUGUCCUUUGUGCAUGAUAAAAGCGAGUGUACAAUGUAGAAGAGGUACAGAUUGUUUUGUGUCUGGGUUUUGACUCCUAUUGCACCUUUGAUUUAUGCCUAGCAAAAGAGUGACUGUGACAGACGAUAUUGUCAAAACAUAAAACAUACGCUCGGGAGAAGCAUGUACAUUCUUGUCUGUUGCCUGCUGUCAGAAAAUAGUGCAAUUUUCCAUAAACAUAUUGAACUCAAAACAAGUCUGUCAGGACCUUGUCCUCCUACGUGCAGAGUGGUCUAAACCACAUUCAAUGAACCAACACAUACAGACAGAGAGACUGUUGUAUUUAUUGAGCCCUGAAAGAGCAGCAGUCAUCUUUAAACCUUAAUUAUGUUAAGUUAAAAAAACGAUUCAAAUAUGUCACUUUGUUUUUUUAUAGCUUGGAUCACUCUCAUACAAUCUUGUCUGCUACCGCCACACAUUUUUUGUUAGUAGAUCAUAUAAAUGAUUGGUAUGAACCCCAGAGGCUAAUUUUCUAAAAAAGAAAGGGAAGAUGUGGAGCCUAUUUCACUUUAUUGCAUAAUUAAUCUGUUCCAAGGCUUUAGCUCCAAACAAAGGGCGGGGGCUGCGCAAAUUCACAAUGGAUGUCAUGUAUCAAUGCCAGAGUCUCACAAUAACCUUUUGAUAAAGGAAAGUAUUCAAGAAGUAGAAAAAGCAUGUUCUAAAAUCAGAAAGAAACAAAUUUACGGCGGAAUUACCCAAAGAUUGGACAGCGUGGAACGGAAAUUAAACAAAAGUCUCUUCUGAUCUAACUCCAGUAGCUGAUUUGAAUAAAACAGAACAUACUGAUCAGAGAUUUCAGAUUAUGUGAGCUGAAUGAAACUAAACUUCAGUAUAUUAAAAGAAUAGUGUGACAUUUUUGGUAAAGGUGCUCAGGAUUAAACGAGAAUAUCAGCAGCCAAUUAUCUUAGCUUAGCAUAACGCCUUGAAAGCAGGGGGAAACAGCUAGCCUACCUUUAUCCAAAGGUAAA